AAUAAGGGCGGCAAGUGUGGUGGUGCUGGUGGAGGAGGCAAGGAGGUGCAUUUUAGAGGUGUGAGAAAGAGGCCUUGGGGAAGAUACGCCGCUGAGAUAAGAGACCCUGGUAAGAAGAGCCGGGUUUGGCUUGGCACUUUCGACACCGCAGAGGAAGCCGCACGUGCCUACGAUGCUGCCGCACGUGAGUUCCGUGGUUCUAAGGCGAAAACCAACUUUGCUUACCCAUCAUACGAGAAUGUCAGGAAAAACACUAUCUCUGUGGACAGCAACCAUAAAGCAUCCAACAAGAAUAACAGUUGUGGCGGCGGCGGCAGCAAUAGUAAUAACAAUCAGAGUCCAAGUCAAAGCAGUAACGUGGAGUUUUCCAGCAGUGAUACACCGUUGGAUCUUAAUCUCGGUCCAGCUGUAUCCACCGUGAGACUGCCGUUUCAGCCGAUGGUGAUGAAUCAUCAGCAGGUGAUUUAUUUUGAUGCAGUGAUGAAGAGUCAGUACCAAAAGACGGUUUUUGAUAAUGGGUAUCAUCAUCAUCAUCAUCAUCCUAUCGUCUUUGAUUUGAAUCAUCAAGAUAUCAAGGCGCCAAGAAGUUCUGUUGAUCUUGAUCUUAAUCUUAACCUUCCUCCCCCACCGGAGAUUGCAUGAUUUUUCAGAAAUUUAUUUGCCUUUUUAUUCUUACAUUAGAAAAGAUUAGAGAUGAAGACCCCCCAAAAAGAGAGGUUUAUCAUGUGAUCUGUUAGUUUUUUUUCUUACUUUCACGAAUGUGAAAACGUAUUAGCAGAUCUCUUUUUGCAGCAGUAAGAAAUUCUGUUUCUUUCCUGUUGUUUGAUGAAAAUCACUGUAUUGCUUUUUUAUUUAAUGUUUUUUAAUCAAUGGAUUAUAAACUUAAU